AUGCUUUUACAGGUUUCGAGUAAUGGCUAUCUUGCCUUUAGUCCUGACGCCAAACCUUUCCAACAUCCCAGAAAUGGCACGUGGCCAAAUAAGGGGUUCCCCUCCAAACCGGACCCGCCGCUGAUAGCCCCAUAUUAUGCUCAAGUCCAGUUAACCCCGUCAACUCCGCAUGGGUCGAGAAAUGUCGGAGAGGUGCUGUGGAAAAUAGUGUCUGAUUCCGCAGAGUUAGAGAGGUUUACGGAAACAGUGCGGACAUCUAUGGUAGAUGCGGACAACUUCGAGGCUACUCAUGCAUUUCUUGCCACGUGGAUCAAUGUUACUUGCAAUGGAUGUUUUAACGAGAACCUGGAACAAUAUCCACGAAACACGUUCCAAGUUGCUGUAGUGACGGACGAGAUCAGAACGUAUGCCUUGGUCACGUACACGAGGUUGACGUGGACAGGGGGCUCACAGACAGGGGGAGACGCAGCAACAGGGACGGGAGCUAGGUAUCCGCCAGCACAGGCAUUUUUUAACGCCGGGAAUGCUACCUACGGGUUUCAUCUCCCAUCAUCGGGAACAAAGGAUGACCAAAUACUCCGUCUGCCACAACUAGGAGGAAGUGAUGUAGAUGGAAGAUAUGUAUAUGAGAUAUCUGAUGACGUCAUUAAACCAGGGGGAUGUCUCAAAACCAGUAGUAAUGUAAUACGCCUAGUGCUGAGUCCUUCUUUUGGCGACAUGUUUGGUGGAAAUGUUGUCGAGUUCACAGGCCCUUGCUUCUCUCCGUCUGAUCACAUCACGUGCACGUUUAAUGACGUCGAAGUAAGCGCGACGUACAUUAACAGACUCAGAGCACAGUGUGUAGUUCCAAAUCUCACCGUCAGAGGGCAAGUGCAGCUGACAGUGUCACUAAAUAGUGGACAUAAAUAUUCCACAACGUAUACCAUCGCUAACCCCGGAACUCUCCCGCGAGGUGUCCAGUUACUGAACGCCACUGCCUGGGGUGUUUAUAACCCCGAGCGUCUAGAGCUGACGUGGGACACCACCCUGCUAGAUCCCGCUCGAGACCCAAGUGCCAAGGUCAACGUCGAACUUCAUGGGUACAGGGAACAAACAGCAAAAGCCACCUGGAAAGUACUGAAGGUUUUAGCGAAGAACAUUGCCAACACUGGACACUUGAGCUUCAGUCCGCAGUGGCACAGGUGCGGCAUUGGUGAGAGCGAUUGUCUCGACUACGAGAUGGGGGCGGUGACUGUUACCAGAGUGGAGCAUGAAGGGGAGGAAUCACGAAACCCCAGAAGAAUAUGGAGCAAGCUUAUAUCAUUGGGGUGGUACUUCUAUAAUGCUGCACUCAACACCUACGGCAACUCGUGGUCACGGCAGAAGUGCGUGGAGUGGUACAAAGCAGACAGAAAGAACGAGGCGUGGCAGUCCGAGCUCCCAGCCUGCCCGUGCACCCUGGACCAAGCCUUGGCGGAUUUCGGCCGUUGGCAGGCUGACGUGGCGUGUGACAUGAACACCGGGAGCGUGUGUGCAUUCCACGUCGGCGCAAUCCACUGUGUGAGAUCGGUUCAGGCCACCUCUGCGGGAGCGGGAAAUCAGUGCUGUUAUAGAAAGGACGGUAUGCUCAUGACCACUGUGGACACAUUCAACGGCAGCACGCCGGACCGGAGUCAUGCCUGGGGGGACAGGCCUUACGGAACACCGCCCAAGGUGCCCGCCUUGUCUCACUGGAUUCAUGAUGUUGUCCCGUUCUUCUACUGCUGUUUGUGGACGGGUGAUAGUUGCCAUUAUUACAUGGAACAGAGACCUACCUCGGACUGCAAGAACUACAAACCACCCAAACCAGCUGUGGUAUAUGGCGACCCGCAUCUUAUCACACUGGACGGUAGACUGUACACAUUUAACGGGAAGGGGGAGUACUUGUUACUGCGAGACACGCAGCACAACUUCCAACUCCAGGGAAGGUUUGGCCAAACACUUCCAGACGUCAAAGCCACGGUGAUAAAAUCUAUAGCAAUGCGGGAGGGGGCGCUGUCCGAUAUUAUAGAAGUCAGAAUCAAUCCCCCAGGAAGCAACUGGAAGAGAGAUCUGACCAUAUUGGUGAACCACGAGGUCAAGCAUUUUGAAAGGAAAGGUGAAAGAACGCAGGAUUUUAAAGGCGGCGUGACGGUCAUCAACAACGACCCACGGCGUUCGUCCAACAUCACAGUGUACUUUGAGUGUGGCAUAGGGGUGCAGGCAACGGCGCUGGAAGGUCUACUUAACGUGGUUGUCAUGGCACCACCAUCUGUCAAGUUUCAGACACAAGGAUUAUUCGGCAGCUGGGAUGACGACGCUAGUAAUGAUAUAAAUGGCACCUCGGCCGUCCAAAUUCACAACUCAAGCGAGCAGUGGCGAAUUUCAGAAAAAUCUUCCCUUUUUACGUACGGACCUCGUAGCUACGCGUUCUACCAGGAUCUGGCGUUUCAGCCGGCCGCCAUCAACUUUACCGCCAUUCCCUCCAGGAGACCGGAGGUGGCGACGCUAUGCGGCAGUAAUCAACAGUGUGCCUACGACUACGUUGUCACAGGAGAUGAGGCGAUUGCAAGAGGGACGCUGGCAGCGGCGCGGCAAUAUGAAAUUUUGAAGGAGAGGACAAAACCUGUCCAAGCUUGCGGUAUUUUGGACAUUGAAAACUCCAUCAAAUUAGUCGACAAUUACCUGCUUGGUGGCAGGGUGACCGUGACGGGCUGCCAGCCAGGCUAUGAAUUGUCAGGAAACAAUGUCUCCUUCACGUGCAGCUUAAACGGCACUGGGGCGGCGGCGUGGUCCCCACUUCCCACCCUCACCUGCGUCAUAGAACAAGAAGUCAGUAACGAGGCGCAAAUUCAGUACGCGCGGACCACGGCCACUGUGCUUGCGGUGCUGUUACCGACAUUCUUCGUAUUCUUGGUGCUAGGGGCCGGCCUCACCUGGUGGAUUCAUUCACGGUCACGAGGUGUAACAAAAUCUCGCACCCCGGAAGAUGAGCUCGCAGGCGGUCGCCAGGAGGGUGACGGCGGAGAGGGCCAUGGAAUGACGGCCUACCAUAAAGAAAACCUGUAUACCCUAGCCGAGGAAGACGAAAGUUAUGUGUUUGUCAAUCAAGCAGAGAUAGAAACAUUAGAAAAGUCAAACCCAAAUUUAAAUAAGUCAAAGGAAAGCAUUGGCAAGUCAACUCAUGUGUGACAGUGGAAGUCCAAGCGUCGACAGAUGAAAC